AUGGGGGAAAGUGGGAACUCUAGGAUGCCAGUUUAUGUCAUGGGCAUCACCAGCACUCAGACUCCUUUCUCCUUCGGCAGUGCUGUGCCAGGCUUAACGUUCCACUGGUCUGUCACCAAGAGGGACACUCUGGAUGUCAGGACAAGGCACAGUGAGGCUGCUUUUCAGCUUCCUGCAAACUACAACUUUGCGGUGGAUGUUUAUGGCAGAGUAAAGGGAAGAACAGGCCUCAAAGUUGUAGUGAAGGUCCUUGAUGCUGCAGCCAACCAGUUCUACAACAUGGCAAGAGAACUGUCCGACGAAAUCCAGAUUCAGGGCCUCAGUUUUCUCUCCUGGUUCCUGUACCUGAUCACAGUUACCAGGUGGAUGCUCACCGAUAACAGUAGACAGAGUGCUGAGGAAAAUGGGAUCAUUAGUUAG